UCUUUCUAAAAAGAUGACGACUUUCCAAGAAAUCACUUGUUUAUUUCUAUUCGCUGAGUAAACAUUUGAAGAGCCGAUCCAACCAGUAUCCCUACUCCAUAACGCUGGUUUAUACAGAGUUGUCUUCGUUUGCAAAAUUCAUUCUAAAAACUUUCAACAAUGUCUGUCUCGUUGAUGGCCGACGAUCCAAACCCAGAAAAUUUGGAGUCGUCUGUGUUCAGAAUCAACCAACGAGUUCACGCAGCCGGCGACUCACUGAGAGUGGGGACAGUAAAGUACAUUGGACAGGUAGAAGGGUACACCGGAAUUUGGGUCGGCGUCGAUUGGGACAAUGAAGAAGGUAAACACGACGGUUUCAUUAAUGGGUCUCGCUAUUUUCAGGCCAAAUCUGAGACAUCGGGUUCCUUUAUUCGUCCCAAUAAGUUAUGCUUGGGUAUUACGAUUUUACAAGCUCUUGAGAUCAGAUAUAGGUCAACUUCUACCAAAGAAGAAGAAGAUGAAAUGUAUGUGCUUUCUUCAAGCAACAAAAGAGUGAUUGUUGAGCUUCUUGGAAAAGAUAAAAUUGAGGACAGACUAAGUCAUUUUGAAGAUUUGACAAAUGCAUCUCUUCCUUACCUAGGCAUUAGUUCUCCUGGGCCUCCAGGUCAACUCAAUGCUGCUGUUCCAUCAUUAAAGGAACUUGAUAUGACUGGGAAUCUGCUCUCUGAAUGGAUGGAUAUUGGUGCCAUAUGUAAGGAAUUACCAGCACUUUCUGCUUUGAACUUGUCAAACAAUAUUUUGGCUCAUGAUAUAUUGGGGUUUCCUCAAGUAAAGGAGAUCCGCAUUUUAGUAUUGAAUAGUACUGGUCUAAGCUGGACAGAGGUUGAAACACUCGAGCAUUCACUUCCAACACUUGAAGAGCUACAUCUUAGGGGAAAUAAAUUGAGCUCAAUAAAGUCUAUUCCUCCCAGCAUCACUGUCCAGGGAUUUGAUUCUCUGCUUCUUCUGAACUUGGAGGAUAAUUGUAUAUCUGAUUGGAACGAAAUCUUGAAACUUUCUCAAUUAAGAAGAUUGGAGCAGCUAUACUUGAACAAGAAUACUUUGAACAAAAUAUGGUAUCCUGACCAUGGGAACAACCAUCAGCCUUUCCAAAAUUUGCGUUGCCUUCUUCUUGGUUCUAACAACAUCAGUGAUUUGGCUUCUGUUGAUUCACUUAAUUCUUUCCCUAGCCUGGUGGAUAUAAGGCUCACUGAUAAUCCAGUUACGGAUCAGAGAAAAGGCGGUGUUCCGAGAUUUUCUUUAGUGGCUCGAUUGGCUAAAGUUGAAUUGUUGAAUGGGAGUGAGGUUAAAACCCGAGAGAGGAAGGACUCAGAGAUUUGGUAUGUUCGGCUAGUCAUGUCAAAAUUGCAUGACAAUCCAGAAGAAAUUCAAUAUCAUCCCAGGUUUUAUGAGCUUAAAGAUUUACAUGGGAUUGAGGAUGUAAGGACAGCUGUUGGAGCAUCAGGCCCCCAGAAAAUGGCUUCUGGGCUUAUAUCUGUCACCCUCAAAUGUAUUGGAGCUUCAAUUGGAGAAAAACCACCUCAGACAAAAAAGUUACCAGCAAACACCACGGUUGGCAAGCUAAAGAUUCUCUGUGAGAGCUUUUUCAAACUGAAAUCCAUUAAACCCGUAUUGCUUCUCCAAGAAGAGGGAUCCCCAUUUCCAGUGUUACUAGAUGAUGAUGAUAUGGCCUCUUUGAUAGAGGUUGGUGUUGGCAAUGGUUCAACCAUUCUUGUGGAUGAAGAGAGAUGAUUUUUAUGAAAAUUGUUCAAUUUUUAUUUAUUUAUAUUUUGUUGAGAAAAAUUGUCCAAUUGAAUCUUUUGGUUGUCUUAUAUGUAACAAAGUAGUCUUUGUGAAUCACAUGUAUAUUUUAUUUUUCAUCU